CAAUGAGCGGCGGCGAUGCGGGCGGGUGUCCGGCGCCGCGCUGAAGAUGGCGGGGCUGCGGCGGUGAGGGGAGCUGCUCCUCGGUCCGUGGCCGCGGGGCCCCGCCGGCACCAUGCUGCUCUCCCUGGUCGUGCACACCCACUCGCUGCGCUACUGGCUGCCGGCGGCCGUGAUGAUGGGCACGGCGCCCGUCUACCUGCUGAGCUGGGCCGCCUGGCGCCUGCUGUCGCUGCUGCUGCCCGCCCGCCUCUACCACCCGGUGGACGACCGGCUCUACACCGUCUACCAGAGCGUCGUGCUCUUCUUCUUCGAGAACUACACGGGGGUGGAGAUUAUUAUAUAUGGAACCCUGCCAAACAAAAAGGAGAAUGUGAUUUACUUGUCUAAUCAUCAAUGCACAGUUGACUGGAUCAUUGCGGACAUGUUAGCAAUCCGACGUGCACUAGGCCAUGUGCGUUACGUCCUAAAGGAUGGACUGAAGUGGCUUCCAUUGUAUGGAUGGUACUUCUCUCAGCAUGGAGGAAUAUACGUCAAGCGAAGUGCCAAAUUUAGUGAAGAGGCAAUGACCAAUAAACUACAACAGCAAAUAAAAUCAGGCACCCCAACUUUCCUUGUAAUUUUCCCAGAAGGAACCCGUUACAACCCAGAUAAUCCACAAGUGAUUGCAGCAAGUCAGGCUUAUGCUCGUAAAGAAGGACUGCCGGAGCUGAGACAUGUAAUGUCUCCACGCGUGAAGGCAACACGGAUAGCCGUUAACACCUUGAGAUGCCACCUAGAUGCAGUGUAUGAUAUCACAGUAGCAUACGAAGGAACUGUAAAAAGUAGUGGGCAACGGGCAACAGCUCCAUCCAUGCCUGAAUUCUUGUGCAGGGAGUGCCCAAAGAUUCAUAUUUUCUUCGAGCGUGUAGAUCUGAAAGAAAUUCCAGAGGAAACGAUUUUCCUGAAGAGAUGGUUACAUGAACGCUUCGAAGUUAAAGACAAGUUGCUUUCAGAGUUCUACGAGGCAGAUCAGGAACAGAAGAGGUACAGAUUUCCUGGAGAAGGACGCAAGUCACAGCUGAGCCUUCUGAGGACUCUGCCAUCCCUGCUCUUCCUCUGUGGUCUGACAGUCCCCAUGCUCAUGACAGAAACUGGAAGGAAGAUUUAUAUGAAGACGUGGUUGUACGGGACUUUAGUGGGCUGGUUAUGGGUGAACAUUAGACCUUAAGACACCAACCCUUGAAGUUUUAAUUAUAUUAGAAUAAUCUGAACGUAAUUGCUUACAUAGCAUUUUUUGGAAGUUACCUUUAAAGUGGGAUUUCUAAAUCGCUCUUGAAGAAAUUUUAUAUUCUAAUGAAAAACGUUUGCCUUAAUGACAGAGACAAGCAUAUUGCAGUAAUGCACCUGUUUAGUAUGGCUGUUAAGUAGUGGUAAUAAUUACCUGCUCAAUGUAGUUGUAGAGCCCUGAUGUGUUUCUGUGCAUUUUGAAGAAGAAAAUGUAGUCUGUUGCAAGAAUGUGUAUGGUGUAGGAUUGGAACAUAGUGGGAAAGUGCUUGAUUUGACGUUACAAGUAGCUCCGGUGUAGUGUGUCAAGGGACAAACAUUGAUGACAUUGUAUUUGUUGGCAUCGAGUCUUCUAUUUAAUGCUGUACAUUAAUGAGAGGGUCUUUAAUUGUUCGUGUUUCAUUGCAUUUUGUUCUAAAUUAAGGGUGUCAUUAUUGCAUUGGUCCUCUGAAUGAUAAAGGGAGGUAAAUGUGAUUCAUGGUCCGCUGCACUAUGAAUAUAACACUCUGUCGAGAACACUUCCAGUACUACAUAAUCGUUUUGAAGAAUGGGUUACUUGUGGAGGGGAGAGAGCAAUGCAGUUCUGAGUAUGAUGGUGAAAGGUGGAUAAAAUGCUUAAUUUCAGUUACUAACUGCUUAGUUUUGUAAACCAAUGAUUUUUAAAUAUAUCUAAUUACUGUGGCAUUUCAGGUUGUAUGUGUAUGUACUAAAUGUACAUAAACGGUCAAGUUGUUGGACUGAAACCAUUUGUUGUCAUUGGUGUAUUCAUCACCUUGAAUACCAUCAUCCGAGAUAAACUCCAUAGCACAGGGAAGUCAAGUGGGUUACACGACAUUGACCUUGGUGUGGACAAAUGUUGAAGAAUCCGCUGCUCAUCUGUUUUAAUCAUUGUAUUGCCUCGCGAUUGUGAACUCUUAACUGUGAUGCCUUGAUGUGCCGAUUACUGUAUUUACAGAAAGCAUGUGCCUUUUGCCUGUUACUGUCUGAUCCAUUCUCAAUACCAAUGACUGGCAGUCUUAACACAGGCAUAUUAGAAAUGCACACAAUUACAACUUGCAACUGGAUCUCUCUGUGGGCAAGCUAUACUCUGAAUAGUAGGGGAAGAGAGGAGGUCAGAUCUUUCCACGUGUAGUUUCUCCCUCCAGGAUGUACUGAAAAUCCCAUUCUGUACCCAGUGUACAAAUCUCGACUUUUUAUUCUUGCUGGAAGUUUAUAAUUCCUACGUGUACUAUCUGAGUGCACCUGUGAUUGGAAUCGUGCUAAGGAAUGCUGAUUCGUUAAACCCAUCUUUAAUUUUGCUUACCUCAAAUACAAUUCAAGCAAAGUAAGUAUUAUAAUUUGUGGA